ACACUUGCACCUAGACCAAGAAAAGAACACCACAAAUGCUUUUCAAGGCUCACUUCACUCUAUAACACCAUUAGACCUUUUGUCUAUUGGCUCUAAAUAACUGUCGGCAAGCCUAUUCUUUUUGGCUGUUCACCCUAGAUAUAUAUAUAUAUAUAUCCCAAUAUACUUAUAGUCAGAAAUUGGUGGUGCCGCCGCCGAGAUACACCGGAGACAAACGACAAUGCAGUUGGUACGGUCAGCUUGUUUUGGUUCACUGACACUCCUCUUGGUGUUCAAGUUUAGUUUGGUGGUCGAUGCGGUUCAGCCUAAGUCGCACGGUCACCUCAUUGACCAGCAUUGGAAACCCGCCACCGCCACCUGGUACGGAAGCCCCGAAGGCGACGGCAGUGACGGCGGAGCUUGUGGGUAUGGGUCAAUGGUGGACGUAAAGCCGUUUCGGGCGAGAGUUGGGGCGGUAAGCCCAGUGCUGUUCAAGAACGGCGAAGGGUGUGGAGCUUGCUACAAGGUGAAGUGCCUCGACCACAGCAUCUGCUCGCGGCGGGCGGUUACCAUAAUCGUGACUGACGAGUGCCCCGGUGGCUACUGCGCCAAUGGCCGAACCCACUUCGACCUCAGUGGCGCCGCUUUUGGCCGCAUGGCCGUCACCGGCGAUGGUGGUCAGCUCAGGAACCGAGGCGAGAUCUCGGUCGUUUACCGAAGAACACCAUGCAAGUAUCCUGGAAAAAACGUGGCCUUCCAUGUGAAUGAAGGUUCAACAAAUUAUUGGCUAUCACUUUUGGUGGAGUUUGAGGAUGGAGAUGGAGACGUUGGGUCAAUGCAUAUAAAACAAGCAAACUCUAAUGAGUGGCUACAAAUGAGCCAUCUAUGGGGAGCCAAUUGGUGUUUCGUUGGAGGACCCUUAAGAGGACCAUUUUCAGUGAAGCUAACGACAUUGUCAACUGGUAAAGCUCUCUCUGCCAGAGACGUAAUUCCUACCAAUUGGUCGCCUAAAGCAACUUACACUUCGCGCUUAAAUUUCUUCUAAUACUAACCCUAUUCCUAACUCGAAGAAGAAACAUUCUUCUAUGCUAAAAAAGGGCUCCCUGGGUUUCCCACGACACGAAAGUAGCCGUUGUCGGGUUUGGUUUGUUUUUUUGAGGGAAAAAGUAGCCGUUGGAGUGCCCAAAUGGUUUUUCCUUUCUUUCUUUUUUGUUGUUUCGUUUUUUAAUCUAAUUAUGCCUCUUUGUGGGGUUAGUUUUCUUAUAUUAUUUUAGAGUGGAAAACUGGAUGUAGAGAGAGAGAGAGCCUUCUCCAAAGGAGAGAGAGCUGUUCUGUAAUGUUUGUUUCUGUUUGACCUUUGUUUGUUUUUGUACUUUUGUGGGCCCCUAUGGGUUUGUUUAUUAAUGAAUGGAGAAUAUCCGCUGUGUAUUAAACUGAACUUUUUUUUAA